UUCAAAUAAGGGGAUAUUUAAAGACGCCGGCGCCAGGCGUAGAUCCCUGCCCCGCGCCGUACGGCCCCGUUCAUUGAGUUCAUCAGUCCUAGCGGAAGCGCCGCCAGCAUGUCUGAUAAACUGCCCUACAAAGUCGCGGACAUUGGACUGGCGGCCUGGGGACGGAAGGCCCUGGACAUAGCUGAGAAUGAGAUGCCAGGUUUGAUGCGCAUGCGGGAGCUGUACUCCGCGUCCAAGCCACUGAAGGGGGCUCGGAUUGCCGGCUGCCUGCACAUGACUGUGGAGACUGCUGUCCUCAUUGAGACUCUCGUGGCCCUGGGUGCUGAGGUGCGCUGGUCCAGCUGCAACAUCUUCUCUACUCAGGACCAUGCAGCAGCUGCCAUUGCCAAGGCUGGCAUUCCAGUGUAUGCCUGGAAGGGCGAGACAGAUGAGGAGUAUCUGUGGUGCAUCGAGCAGACGCUGUACUUCAAAGAUGGGCCCCUCAACAUGAUCCUGGACGAUGGUGGUGACCUGACCAACCUCAUCCACACCAAAUACCCACAGCUUCUGUCAGGCAUCCGAGGCAUCUCUGAGGAGACCACGACUGGGGUCCACAACCUCUACAAGAUGAUGGCCAAUGGGAUACUGAAGGUGCCUGCCAUCAAUGUCAACGAUUCUGUCACCAAGAGCAAGUUUGACAACCUCUAUGGCUGCCGGGAGUCCCUCAUCGAUGGCAUCAAACGGGCCACAGAUGUGAUGAUUGCGGGCAAGGUGGCGGUGGUAGCAGGCUAUGGUGACGUGGGCAAGGGCUGUGCCCAGGCCCUGAGGGGUUUUGGGGCCCGUGUCAUCAUCACCGAGAUUGACCCCAUCAAUGCACUGCAAGCUGCCAUGGAGGGCUAUGAGGUGACCACCAUGGACGAGGCCUGUAAGGAGGGCAACAUCUUUGUCACCACCACAGGCUGUGUUGAUAUCAUCCUUGGCCGGCACUUUGAACAGAUGAAGGAUGAUGCCGUUGUGUGUAACAUUGGACACUUCGAUGUGGAGAUCGAUGUGAAGUGGCUGAAUGAGAAUGCUGUGGAGAAGGUGAACAUCAAGCCCCAGGUGGACCGCUACAGGCUGAAGAAUGGGCGCCGUAUCAUCCUGCUGGCUGAAGGCCGGCUGGUCAACCUGGGUUGUGCCAUGGGCCAUCCCAGCUUCGUGAUGAGCAACUCCUUCACAAACCAGGUGAUGGCACAGAUUGAGCUGUGGACCCACCCAGAUAAAUACCCCGUCGGGGUUCACUUCUUGCCUAAGAAGCUGGAUGAGGCAGUGGCCGAAGCCCACCUGGGCAAGCUGAAUGUGAAGCUCACCAGGCUGACUGAGAAGCAGGCCCAGUAUCUGGGCAUGCCCAUUGACGGCCCCUUCAAGCCUGAUCACUACCGCUACUGAGAGCCGGGACUGCCC